GACAGAGAGAACAACAAAAGUUUGCUCAUUAUAUUUUACCCAAAAGUCUUAACUUCUCACGUUACAUAUCACCGGCGGCCGAUUCAUAUGGCUCCGGCGACUCCCAACGUCAAAAGCCGGGUCCUGAUCAUCGGAGCGACGGGUCUCAUCGGCCGGCAUGUGGCGGAGGCCAGCCUGGACGCCGGUCGACCCACCUACCUUCUCACUCGGUUGACCUCUUCCGCCGCCGGCGACCCUUCAAAAGUCCAAAUACUUGAGUCUCUCCGGGACAAAGGUGCCAUCAUCGUACAGGGUUCGAUAUCAGAGAGGGAAAGCUUGGAGAAGGUAUUGAAAGAGAAUGAAAUUGAGGUCGUGAUAUCAGUGGUAGGUGGAGGGAAUUUGCUUGACCAGAUUACACUUGUCCAGGCUAUCAAAUCGGUUGGUACCAUUAAGAGGUUUUUGCCAUCCGAGUUCGGUCACGACGUAGACAGAGCAAACCCAGUGGAGCCAGGGCUGUCCUUCUAUCAGCAAAAGAGGCAAGUGAGGCGCUCCAUCGAACAAAACCACAUCCCAUACACUUACAUCUGCUGCAACUCCAUCGCUUCAUGGCCUUACCACGACAACACUCACCCUUCCGACCUCCCUCCUCCCCUCCACCACCUCCCCAUCUACGCCGACGGCGCCGCCAAAGCUUACUUUGUGACUGGAGCUGACAUCGGGAAGUUCACAAUGAAGACGGUGGACGACCCUCGAGCCUUGAACAAGUCGGUCCAUUUUCGACCCGCGGUGAACUACCACAACAUGAACGAGCUGGCUUCUCUGUGGGAGGAGAAGCUCGGCAGGACCAUCCCUCGCGUUACAGUUACAGAAGCCGACCUGCUAGCUCUUGCUGCUGAGAAUCGGAUUCCGGAGAGCAUAGUUGCAUCCUUCACCCACGACAUAUUCAUCAAGGGCUGCCAAUCGAACUUCGAGAUCGAUGGUGUCAACGAUGUAGAAGCCAGCAGCCUCUACCCCGACGAAACCUUUCAGACUGUCGAUCAAGUGUUCGCUGAUUUCGCGCUCAACCUUCAACACGAAUCGUGAGAUGCAGGAUGCAGGAUGCUGAAAUCCCAUGAUUGUCAAAGACAGGCAGCUUCUUCAGGAACCUUCAGUUCAGAAAUAAACAUCCAGUAUGGGAAUGAAAAGUAAUAAAUACCAGGGGGGUGAAGAACUUCAGUGGUAAUAAGAGCAAUUGAAGCAGAACAAAAUUUCUGAA